UUUCUUUUCUUGCUGUGGUUGAGAGAGAGAAAAAAAGGCAUCAUUUUUUACACAUGUAAAACAGAGCUUGUCUGCGGAUAAUGCCGCGUGUAAAGAUGGUUACGGCGGUUAAAGAGUACUAACCGCUUCCGCAAAAGAUGGAGGGGAGAGUGAGUGGGGGAAGACGACAGCUCUGCAACUCGGCAACCAACGGAUCCAUCCUUCCAGUUCCAGCUUCUUUAUCUCUCACGCACGCCGUUCCCUUCGCCUCCUCUGGGCCAACCGCGCUCGUCUCCCCCCAGUCCUCCCUCUUCCAUCUGCAUCUCCUCUCUCCCUGUCCCUCUCCUAUCAAAAACUGCUUUGCGCCCCAUAUAUACCAGGGCGCCCACCCACACACAGAGAGGUGAGAGCCCAGUACCAGUUCAGUCGUCUCUCUCGCAACAGGUUCUUCUUCGUGGCGGUGGAGGGGGCAAGACUGCAAGAGCCUGAUUUCCACUGCUACGUACAAGCAACCUCCAAAAUGGAUGAUUGGAUGCUUCCCUCACCCAGCCCAAGAACACUGAUGCCAAGCUUCUUCAGUGAAGAGUUCAUCUCCACUCCGUUCUCCAACAUCUUCGCUGACGAUAGAGGCAGCAAACCCCAGGAUGAAAACGAGGACAGUAACACCUGCAUUGGUUCCGGUGCUCACGAAACCUCUCAAGAUGUGAAAUGCCAUCGUCCACAGAUCGAAUCGAACAUUUUUGGCGUGAAUCAGAAACCGACCUCUCCUGGAGGUCUUGCGGAGAGGAUAGCUGCAAGAGCCGGUUUUGGUGUCCUGAAAAUUGACAUAUCCCGUGUCGGUUCAUCUGGUGCGGCGAUUCGGUCUCCCGUGACAAUUCCAUCUGGUGUGAGCCCAAGGGAACUUCUUGAGUCGCCGGUUUUCCUUCCAAAUGCCAUUUCGCAACCUUCUCCUACCACUGGUAAAUUGCCAUUCCUGAUGCCUAAUAAUUUUAAAUCAACAAUGCUGUGUGGCCCCGAGAAGUCUGAAGACCACUUACACGAAGAUUCUGCGUUUUCCUUCCAGCCCUUUUUGAGGUCUAAACCACCAACAUUAUGGACUGCAAAGAAGGGGCCAAGUGUUGUUCACGAAACCGGGUCCUUAUCAAAGGAUAGCCAGGAGGAGCUAAACCUUCAUGCUAACCCAGCAGCUGCGACCGAGCAUGAAACCGAGGAAAGUCUAGUUAUUAGACCUAAGGCAUGUGAUUCCAUGUUCGACAAUGGUCAUCCUUCUUCCCCUGACGAAGGACCAGAACAGAGCGAGGAAAACCAAAACCGGGAAGAUUGUUCAGCUCCGGUCACUGCCCCCGGCGAGGAUGGAUACAACUGGAGAAAAUAUGGACAAAAGCAGGUGAAGAACAGUGAGCAUCCAAGGAGCUACUACAAAUGCACUCACCCAAGUUGCCCUGUCAAGAAAAAGGUGGAGCGUUCUGUAGAAGGUCAUGUAACGGAGAUAGUUUACAGAGGUUCGCAUACUCACCCACUGCCGCUGCCCAGCCGCCGGUCGAGCGUCCCUCCCACGCAGCUCGAGUGUGGUUCACAAUCUGAUGGUCUGGAGAACUUGAGCUCCAAGCCUGGGCCUGCCUAUCACUCAGCAGCUUCACAAUCACAGGGAAUUGCUCCAGAUGGCCAGUUCCAAGAUGUGCAUAGGGAAGCUCUUGAAACAAAACUGUCUGGCUCUCUUACUACAACUGAGAUUGCUGACAGGCCCGUUAUGGAUGUCUCAUCAACACUCUCCUCCAAUGAGAAUGGUGAUAGGGCAGUUCCUCCAACCAAUGGCAGGAACGAAGAUGAGACCGAAUCUAAAAGAAGGAAAAUGGAGGCAUCUGCCGCUACUAACACUACCACCAACACUGGCAUUGACAUGGCGGCUAUGGCAUCCAGGGCUUCCCGUGAGCCCCGGAUUGUCGUGCAAACGACGAGUGAGGUCGACAUCCUUGACGAUGGCUACCGCUGGCGCAAGUAUGGCCAGAAAGUUGUGAAAGGCAACCCGAACCCAAGGAGCUACUACAAGUGCACCUACGCGGGCUGCUCGGUGCGCAAGCAUGUCGAGAGGGCCUCGAACGAUCUCAAGUCCGUGAUCACGACGUACGAGGGGAAGCACAACCACGAGGUUCCAGCUGCCAGGAACAGCGGCAACGGGCAUCCGAGCUCUGGCUCCACACCAGCACCACCACAGGGGAGCGGCGGCCUUCACCGGAGGCUGGAGCCGCCACAGGUCAGCAUCCCUCGGUUGAGCGCUGCUGCUGCCGCCGCCGCCGCCGCCGCUGCCUACGGCUCGCUCUCGCUUCGUUUCCCACCACAGCUCAGCGCAGCUCCCGGGGGUUUCUCCUUCGGAAUGCUCCGUCCCACUGGCAUGGCACCGUCUCUGGGCGGCUUCUUGCCAGCGCAGAUGCCAGGCCGUGGGUUGCCGAUGCAGGGCUGCGCGGGCCUGGUGCUGCCGAGAGGCGAGGCGAAGGUGGUGAGCCCAGAGCAGCAGUCCGGAUUGCCGGUGGCGAACGGGAAUGCCGCGGCAACCUACCAGCAGCAGCAGCAGCAGCUCAUGGCCAGGUGGGCUCAGGGUCAUCAGAUGUGAAUACUCACUCCAGCAGGCACAAGAGAUGAAGAGAUAGGGUUUGUUUUUUUCUUUUUCCUUUUUUUUUGUUGCUUGUGUACAUAAACAAUGUCAUUGUUUGUGGUUUCUUCUACCGUAGCUCCUUUGUUUGCUUUUGAGUACAGAUGAUUCUGAUAAUA